UUGUGUGUAUGAUUAGUCACAAAGUUGCGCUCGCGCGAGCAGGUGGCAUUUAAAGUUAAAGGUCCUUGAGAUCAAUAACAAAACCGCAACUCCGACAUUCUACAAGUCGCUACAACAUGAUCAUCUAAUCUCUACUCAGCAAACAAUCAGUGCAAAGUAAUAAAGUUCCGGGCGCUGUAAAGCGAAACGAAUUGUUGAAUGCCUCGAAUUAAAACCAUACAACGCCCGAGAAUGGAAGAGGAGGACUUCGGCGGCGAGGUGACCGUUGUGGACGUGUACGACAUCGCGUCGGAGAUUGGAAAAGAGUGUGAGAAGAUCAUUGAUCAAUUCGGCGCGGAUUCUGUGACUGCGUUGAUGCCGCGAGUUAUUAACGCUCUAGAACUCCUCGAAAAUCUAGCAACAAAAAAUGAAAGGGAAAACACUGCAUUGUUUGAGAUGAGAGCAAAGAUUUCUCAGUUGGAGAAUGAUAAGAUUGAAAAGGCUGAGUACAGGGAGAAGUUUGAAAAGGAUUUGGAGGCAAUUGAAGAGCAAUGGAGACUGGAGACCAAAGAACUUGUGAACUUGGUCUCACAAUUACAAGAUGAAAAUCGGCGUUUAGCUAAGGAGCAACAGACUGUUCCUUCGAGCAAGGAACCCACUAGCCCAUCAGAUGUACCACAUGAUGGAGCAAUGCUGCAAAGACUGAGGGCAUCUCUCGAGAAGCAAAGAGAUGACAUUAGACUCAAGGAUAAAUUGUUACAGGAAAAGUGCUGUGAUGUUGACAUGUUAAAGUCUCAAGUCGAACGCUUAACCGCAACAAGCAGAGACUUGCGACGCAAACACAAAUCUCUACAAAUGCAAGUUCGGAAUAUGUGUGAUGAGAGAGCGGAUUAUUUGAUUCAACUUCAGGAUCAGCAGCGAGAUGUUUCUGCGUUGAGGUCCAGGCUCGGAUUGGCCCAAAAGGAAAACGAAGAUUUAGUCAAAUGUGAUUACAACUUUCCAAGCAACAAAGCAGUUUAUGAUUUGGAUGACCCCAAUCGUCCGAGAUUUACAACCGCCGAGUUGAAAGACAUUCUCAAUGAGCGCAACGAGUUGAAGGCACGAGUCAGCGAUCUAGAGGAUGAGUUGGAGACGUACAGGCCGAAAAAACAGGAGCCUGAGGCAGCCAAAGGUUUGUUUGAGUAUUUUGAAGACGCUUGUACUAGCAUAAUGUUCAAUCCGUUACCAUUAGCAUUUCCUGUUGAGGAAGACGAGGCGCCGGUUCAAGGUCCAUUGCCAUACGAGCCAGACGAUGCACCGUGGAAGAAAAGUUCAGAGUCAGGGAUUAAAAAGUUUUUUCGGAAGAUCUUUUCCGAAAGCAGCGGCGGUGCUAGUUUUCCUCGGCGCAGCUUAUCCACUCUCUCAAAAAUGGCUUUGUCCGCCACUGAUCCAGUCCCAAUCUAAUGCGGAUCUCGUGAAUUCUCUUCUCCUCUUUGACUUAUCAGGUAACCUCGAACAGUUUUCCUUUACCUGAAACAAAAACCCCAAUCGUUAGAUGAUCACGAAUAUUCCAUUACAAUUAAGUAGACAAACUUAAGAUACACACCACAAAGUCACCAUAGAUAGUAGAAUCUUAACACAUUAAACAAAAACGAAUUAGGGACAGUUUACUCAUGACAUGUUAACAUGUGUUUAACAUUAGACUUUUAUCUGAUAAUGUGAUGUUGAUAUUGAACAAAUAAGAAUGAUCAGACACAUAUUCAGCACUUUGGAUUUAUUGAUCAAAGUGCUGCAAAUCAAGUAAAGUAAAGCAGCGACUCGAAAUUAGAAGCGAAAGGAAUCGAAAAUUAACUUUACUCGUUGAGAAAUGACUUAAUAAUCGAGACACUUAGGGAUCAAAAGCAAAUUUAUGCUUUUUAUAGUCAUAGCGAUAUUAGAAUAUCUUUGUUGAGGAUUUAUUAUCAAAGAAUGUAGAAAUUGUUGUGCUUCCUUAUAUUAUCCAAUAUUUUUUAUAUUUUUACUUGAUUGAUGAGAUUAAUGAGAUAUUGUGGCUUGAAUAUUUUACCAAUUACGCCAUUUGAUUUUAGCUUUAAUGUAAUUUUAAUGUUUGAGGUCAUAUUGUUUUUAUAUAUAUUGUUAUUACACUUUGUUUAUCUACAUAGAUUUUAAACUUGUUUGUACUAGCUAAAAUUAACUUAGCACGUUAGCAAAAUGAUGAAGAAUGAUAACAAAAAAACCUAAAACAUAAUCAUAGUUGAAAACUUGAUAUACUCACAAUUCUUACAUAGGUUCCAAUACUAAUUGGAACGUUUAGAAAAGUGCCAAAGUAAAAGAAAGUAUUAAUAAAAGGACAAAUUAAUUAUU